AAAUGCCUGUCAGAAAUUAUUCGCAGAAUUAAACGGCGAAAUUUUUCUCGCAUUUGGAAUUUGGAUUUUCGCUGAAAGUAAACGCUUAAAAAGUGGAAUAAACCCGAAUUAGCCUAUUUGGGGUCUUGGGCUAUUGUUUUAAGUGGUUUUAAGCAACUAAAAAGGUAAGCUCGUCGGCGGAUCAGAAAAUUCAACCGGCAGACGCUUUUUUGUUGGCCAAAAAUUUGCAGACGUGAGCGCUUGCAGGCGUAAUGUCCAACGAGAUCUACGACUCCUCCAAUUCGCAGCUAAGUAGCGACGAGUAUAGCCACGAGGAGGAGGAAUACGACGCCCUGAUGGACGCGGCGGUGAGCAAGCAGCGACCACAGAAGACGAAAUCCAAGGAAUCCGAGUCCGAGAAACCCGGAAAUGGAGCUCCGGAAUCGGAGGCUGACACUGAGAAAAAUGAAAAGCCGGAUGACGAGGCGGUUCCACCUUCCACACGCUCAGAAACAAUCCGGCGGAUCCGCCAAUUGCAGUUACAACGGGGCAGGCUGCCCAAUCUUUACUUCAAGCGUCGCAGUAUUCGUUGGCUGCGACCCAGUAAAAUGGACUACAACAGCUAUUUUGACGGCCUGAUGGACUUGCUGCCCAAGCGCAGAUUGAAGCACCUGGUUCGCUUCCAUGCCAGGCAGCGCAGGACCUACGACAGCAGGAGCAACAGUCGUAGUCGCAGCCACAGCCGCAGUCUUAGCCGAAGUUGCAGUCGUAACCGCAGUCGUAGUCGUAGCUAUUCGCGCAGCCGCAGCCGCAGCGGCAGUGAUUCGCCGGAACUUAUUUGCCUUGACGACACGGAGAACGAGGAUUCGCCUGAGAAACCAGAGCAAGAGCCGACAAGGGUUACGCCCAUCAAGGAAAAUAUGUCUACGGUUCCGGAACCGCCCCAACUGAACUACGAUAUGCCAGAAAGGAAGAAGGCAAACCAACUUGGAAACAACGAAAACGGUGCCUCUAUCCUCGACGAGUUCCUGGUAAAGAAGGAUCCCCAGGAACCGGGCUUCGACUACGGAAAGCUCUCAGCGUCUCGGGAAUUGGAACAGGCUCUAAAGGACCAGUCGCAAGAUACGCCAAAUGAGGCAGAGUCGCUUGUGGUUGAUGCCACUCUUAAAAGACGCCGUUCGGUAACACCGCCCGAAAGCGACGAGAAGCGCGACAAUGAUGUAGGCAAGGAUGAUGAUGUAUUUGGGUUUCCAACGGUGCAGCAAAAGAAGCCAAUAGAGGCAGCUCCACCAUUAAAUCUCCGAAUGCCCAACAUUCCAUCGACUAAUCCUCUUCAGCGUCAGCAGGCUUUUAAGCUGAGCACACCGUAUACCCUGGCUCCGCCUUCUGCCGCCAAUCAAGCUGACUCUUACAGUUUAAAUACUCCAUCGCCAACGGCCACCCAAAUGCAGAUUUCCUAUCCCAACGACAACCUGAAAGGUAAUGCGACAUUCUCGAUUCAACAGGCAGCUUUAGCCCAAGUCGCUGCAUCCUAUGCUGCUGCACCACAAGUUGCUGCCCUCGCGCAGAGAGCUCCGUCUCAGGUUGCUCCACUACAACAAGCCCCCGUGCAACAGAUGCACUUUCCAAGAUCAGUUCCACCACAGCAGCUUCCUCCACCACAACAGCGAGCUCCACCACAGCAACGGGCUACAGCUCCAUUCGCUCCACCACAUAGAUCAGCUCCACAGCAGCGAGCUACACCACAGCAGCUGGCUACACCACAGCAGCUAACUCCACCACAGCAGCUAGCUCCGCCACAGCAGCUAGCUCCUCCUCAGCAACGAGCUCCUCCACAACAGCUAGCUCCUCCACAACAGCGAGCUCCACCACAGCAGCUAGCUCCACCACAACAGCGAGCUCCACCACAGCAGCGAGCUCCGCCACAGCAACUAGCUCCACCACAGCAACUAGCUCCACCACAGCAGCUAUCUCCACCACAGCACCUAGCUCCAUCACAGCAGCUAGCUCCUCCACCGCAGCAGACAGAUUCAUUAAGACCAGCUUUGGUGCAGACUUCGACCCCUCAAAGGUAUUCUAAUCCACAUCAGUUUGCCCAACAACAGCAGGUCCAUCAAACGCCAGCUCAACAGCAUCCUGCUCCAGUGGCUGCUCCCAACUUUGCGGUGCCCCAGCAGCCGCAACCCCGUCGAUCGGAAACAGUGAGCACCCAGACGCAGGGUUCGGGGUCACCAGCGGCUUCUUCUUCGACAACCCGCCAAAAGUCAUUUGUUGAUCUCAACAACAGUGAUGCAAACUUCCAUUAUCGCGUCAAAGAACUUUUCGAUGAAAUUAACGCGACAAUGAUUGAUAAAAUUGGCUCGCUGCCCGAUGAAGAAGAUUCAUUGAAGAAAGAGCGCGAACGCAUCGUUGCGGAUCUUGCAGUCCUAGAUAAGCUGAUGGCCCAGAAAGAGGAUGAAUAUAACCGACUGCUGUACUUGAGUCACAUUAAGAAGGAGCUACUUGAUCGAAUAGAGCGAAAGGAGCGCACGAUGCUUGUUAAAGACCUACUGCCCAUCCUUGUCAACAAGUGCUGCACCAAGGAUAUCAGUGAGGUGCAGACGAUGCUAGAAGAGGAAAUCGAUUCUCCAAUGACCCCCAAGCAUAGUCUGUCGGCAAUUGAAAAAUUACUGAAUUACGCCGAGUUAAACCAGAACAUCAUACACACUCUGCGCGGUUCCUUGGGUUUUAAUAAACGCACACCGGCUAUGUCUCCAAAUGACCAAAUGCCUUUUCGUAGAGAUUCCUCGUACGUAAAUAAUCUAUCACCGCGAGAUCAGCGAGACGAAUAUCGGGAUGCGGGAAAUGACCAUCUGCUAGAGCGCAAUCCAGACAGAGAUCCGCCAGCCAAGCGACCAAAGCUAAUCCACUCGCAAGACAGAAACCAGGACAUGGCAAGCUCCUCGACACAUUCGUCUAUCAGUCUUUCGGAGUCGCUCCGCAAGAUUAGGUCUUGGAGAAAUUUUUCGCAUAUUAGCAUCGUCUCAAUGGGGGACAAUAAUUCGGAUAAUGAAUUACAGAUGGAUCCGCUGUUCAACAGCAGUCCGAUGGCCUCCCAUCGCCAACUGGCCAAUAGACAGUCCUACCAAGAACAAUAUUUCGAUAAUAUCAACGACCAAGAGAAUGUCAAAAAGAGUCACAAGUCCCACAAGCACAAGUCUCACAAGCACAAGUCCCACAAGCAUAAGAGCAUCAAUAAGUCCCAGGAUGAAUCUUCUGACACCAUCAACGGUAACACAGGUAGGCAAUGCUACGAGUGCAAGCUCUAUGGAGCCACCGUCGUGUGCUCCCACUGCCAGAAUGAAUGGUACUGCAGUCGUCUUUGCCAGCUGAAAGAUUGGGACACACAUCGCAGCACUUGCGGCAUUUAAAGAGACUUCCCGUAAGACAUCAUCAUUACUAAACCAUAACUAUAUAGACGUAUCGCAUAUGCACUACUAUAUUUACUCAACCGUGUAACUCACUGAAGGAUACAGGACACUGGCGGACCA